ACCAAUGAUCUCUGUACAUAUUACUUCAAUUACACACUAGUUUACGUCGAUAUAAAAAAUUCGAUGUUUUGAAAUAAUGUCGCGCUUAUGCUGUAAAUGUAAACAGGACAUGAAAUUUAAAUCGCACCCAUUGUUUACUGUUGAGGCAGCACUGUUUCUGUAACUUGGCGCUGUUUAGCGCCCAAACUGAUAAAAACGGCGGGCUUUUGUGCAGAAGUUGCGUUGAUCAUCGUUGAUAGGGCUCGAUAAAGAUCGCCACGGCGAUCGGAGGUCCAUAGAUAGAGAAUCGAAAUUUUGAAAACUAACGGAUUUCUGUGACACACACAUAUAUAUAUAUAUCCGUAUAUAAAGAACAUGUCUCAGCCGUCAGUAACGGCGUAUUUCAAUACGCGCAAACGACAAGCAACUGACGAUUUACGAGGUAAGGCGAAGGUAUUACUUCUCGAACGGGAUCACUCUAAAUUAUUGAAUAGUCAAAAUCGGAAUCCGAUAAAUAAGGAUAGUUCCGAGUCGUCGGGAACCUUGACUCCGAUUCAGGAAGAAGAAACAAUGGGAACUAGUCCUAAAAUCAUUUUGGUCUCAGGGAAGGAAUCGGUGGAUAGUCGUGCUGUACAUUCGAAUCCAGCUGUUCGCAACAUUCAAUUCGAUUCUCCUAAAACAAACGCUCAAAAAACGGCUAGGAACAAUGCCAGAGUUCGUGGUACACGAACACGAAAGCUGUCUGGACAAGAGGGACAAACAGAUAUUCGGGAUAGCUUUCACAAAAUUUCAGAAGAUGAAACCAAAGUAGUUUUUGAGAAGAAAGGUGCUUUGAGUCCCAAAAAGAAAGCUCCAAGUACACCGAAAAAGAGUGCAUCUACCGAAAAUUCAUCCUCAAAUGUUAUGAUUGAUCAGUCUGUAGUCAAUUGCACUACUCCAAAAAAAGGUUCAACUAUGAAUAGGUUGAUGAAAGAAGAGCUGUCGUUAAAUGAAAUUAAAAAUAAAAUCAACAAGUCAUCUCGUCUUAAUGAACUGGGAGAACGAAUUGCACGCUUCAGAAAUUGUGAAGAGAAAUUGGAGAAAUUGCAGAAACAAAAUGAUGUCAAGAAGCCACAGAUUCAGAAGUUUGAGAAAAUUGAACUUGAAAUACCACUUAGUCCAACAAAAGCUUAUAAAUCGCCAAGCAAAAAGAUAUUGACUCCUAUAAAGGAUAAAGAAUUAUUGACAGCCAGUCCUCAAAGGAGAAUUUUAUUUGAACCUAAGGAAAAAACUCCAAGUCCAGUAAAGGGCAGCCCAACUAAAGCACCAGCUUAUCAACAGUAUUUAUCUCUGGUUGAAAGUGGCACUGCUACUCUGCCAUUGCCAUAUAAGUAUAGGUUCUUGGCAGAAGCGUUUAGAUGCGUAGAUACGGUUUCUGCAAUGCUCUUUAAUCGCAAAGAAGUAAUAACUUUCAAGAAGUUAAAACCUGCAGUUCAAGAAUUACUGCGUAAAAAUUUCACGUUAGAACAUGUAGCACAAAUCAAAACUAUUUACCCAGAUGCAUACGCUUAUCACCAAGAGAAACAUCGAACGUUUGGUUCUACAUCUAAACAGAAUAAAUACGAGCUAGUUUUCACACCCAUUGUCGAAGAGAAAGAUGGAAGAAAUACACCAGAUGCGGAUAAUGUUUUGAAAACUGCAUCCGAAGUUAGUAUGGGCCCGCGAGUAUUGCUAGAUAGACGAAGGAAGUUUUACAACACAUUGCUUGGUAUGGUUAAAGAUGAACAUGAGAAAUUCUUACUCAGUUUAGAAACGCCGAUGCGUGUACCAAAAGAAAAAAUUGUACGUUGGCAUCCUGAGUUCGACGUUGAAAGUUGUAAACCGAUCGAAUCAGCCGAUUUGCCACAACCACCCGAUGUAGAAAAACUUACAACUGCAAAAGAUGUUCUUGACAAAGCAAAAUCAAUGUUCAAUUGUGGUACACGCAUGGAGAAAGCUUUACAGAGAUUGGCUGAUGCGAAAUUAACUUCAAAGUCUCAUUCUCCAGAGAAGAACGAUAAAGAUAAUUCAACUCAAACCGAAGAUGGUAUGCGAAAAGUGAAUAUUACUAUCGUCGAUACUCCGCCAGAUACGCCAAAUACGCAAAACAGUUAUCUUAAUAUGGCAUUGAAAGGAAUCCCUAAGUCUCUACUUGAAAAGGUUCGAGCUAAACAGGCUGCUAGAGCAUUGGAAGCAAUGACCCGCACACCAAACGCUGAUAAAGAGGCUUCGAUGUAUUCAAGGCUACCGGAGUUAGCCAAGAUUCUACGUAAUAUUUUUGUAGCCGAAAAAAAGGGAGUUCUUACGAUGGAAUUUGUGAUUGAAAAACUGGAGAACUCGUUUAAAACAAAAUUAACUCCCAAUGAAUUAGAAGAGCUUAUACGUUUGCUAUGUAAAUUACUACCUAUGUGGACUAGUAUACAUAAUGUACGGAAAGUAGAUUAUUUGAAAUUGCAAAAAGAAGUCGAUCUUGGAAAAGUUGUCAGAAGAUUAGAAAUAAUGGCUAAUGACAAAGUAAAAUAGUAACGAAAUAGACUACAGAACGACAGAUCCUUUUGAUCAGUUCAUGAUUUAGUAUUUACGUAAUUCAAUCGCAAUGAUACAAUUUUGUCACGUUUUGCACUGCAUUUAUUAUAAUCAGUUAUAUUAUCGUACACUUCGGGUGAACCUUUUUUAAUAAACUCAUUCGAUUGUGGUGCAGGGGUGGGAUGCAAAUGUAGAUUUAGUUUCUUUUCUUAUAUAGACAACAUUUAAUGAAAUAUACAAUAUUUGAUACGCAUCGUAAUUGUAAGUAUAAUGAAUUUAAGACAUAUCUCAGUCUCCAUGUUAAUUCAUAAUAUUACAAGUACUUCGUAUUAUGCGACGAUAAUACAGUCAUUUAUGAAUACGCAAGAAACGUAUACAGCUUUUUUUUUUCAUUAUAAAAUUAUAUGAAAUUGUAUAUGGGUUACAUUUAACGCGUAUUCAAAAAUAAUGAAAAAAUAUACAAAUAUAUGUCCA